AUGGCCGACCCUCGCAUCCCCGACAGCUCCAUCCCGAGCGCCGUCUCGUCGCCGGCGUCAUCGCUCGUCGACCAGGCCCCCAAUGCGACGUACCACAUCGUCGAGCGCGUCAAGGGCGACCAGCAGGUCGAGCUGUGCCGGGUGGGCGGCGACGGCGCACGAGGGAGGGAGUGCGUGCAGAUCGCAGAGGACGUUACCAAGGUCUUUGCCUUCAUGCAGAAGCAGGGCUUCUUCUGCCAGCUCCCCUUUGACCCGACCCACACCGAGAUUGAGUGCAUCCGCAUCAACAAGAUCAUCGCCCGGCAGUCCUAG